AUGUGGUUCCUCGAACACGAGUCGCUCUUCGGCGGCAAGCGGGUCUGGCUUCGACCCGGCUCGCAGCAGCUGUUCGGCCGCACCAAGUCCAGCAAAGACAGCGCAGAAGGAAAGACAUGGAAGAUCGACAACAAGGCCGUUUCGAGACAGCACGUCAUGAUCAGGGUGCUCAAAGUGCCACCGGACGCCGGCACCAAGCUACACACGAGGUCGCACAUUGAGAUUACGGAUCUGAGUUGCAGACAAGGCACCACCAUCGACGAGAAGAAGCACCUGAAGAGCAGGAAGAACGAGGACGGGUCGUUGGAAUACGACAAAGCAACACUGGAAGGACAAGAACAUACAAUCAGGCUCGCACUGGGCUAUGCGCCGUUCAAGAUUGUGUGGAAGCCAGUUGUCUUCACAUACGCUUCAAAAGAGAACAAGGAGUCGAAGGCUCGGAGUGCACAGUUGCAUGCGCUCGACAUCAAAACCACCACAGACUUUGUCUUCGGCAAGACGACACACGUCGUAACCCAAAAGCGUAAUCUGCCUCGCGUGCUUUCAGGCCUUGUCGCUGCGAAGCACAUCGUCACAGGCGAUUUUCUCGAUGCCGUAAUUAAUGCCGCUACCAGUGCUAUGGACGGCGAAGGAGGCUAUGUCCCCUCGCAGCUGGAAGAGGACUUUGACGACCGGUGGCCGAACGAAGAGGGCUUUGUUCCGCCCACUGCCACCGAACCUGUUUCACGGCCGCAGGAAAUGCUCAAACCGGACAGCUCGCGCUCAGAGAUCUUUUCAAACCUCACUUUUGUCUUUCUGAGCCAGAGUCAGCACGACAGCUUACAGGAUCCCGUGUCAGGUGGCAGCGGAAAGGCAUUGCUGUUCGAUCUCAAGCCCGGGAAGACAAGUGUGCAGGAGUACGUAGACUACGUGCAAAGCGUAGCUGGCAAGAAAAGAAACAGUCGUGGGAGCAAUGACAAGCUGCCCGUCGUCACUGUUCGGCUGCCACUCACGUCUGACGGCGCUGAUGACUGGGCUGUUACUUUCAUGAACGAUGUCGACAUCGCCCUCAAUCAGCGUUCGAUCUUCCAGAACGAAUUUUUGGACGUCAUCAUCACAAAGGACCGGGCUGCGCUUCAACGGCCACCGGAGAAGGUACGUGAGAUCGCAUCGAAUGCACCCGAGCCAGCCUCAGUACGUCGUUCAACACGGGAGCGAACACCAGCAUCCAGAGCGCCCUCGCAAGCACCUGAGUCGUCAGCAAAUAGGGAAGAGGCUACGAAACCAAACCCUCGCAAGCGUGUUCAUCGUGCGAAAACGACAAGUCGUUUCACAGGCUUCGAUGACUACGAGCCGCCGCCCAAAGUUCGCAAGAUCGAGGACACUGAGAUGGAAGACAAUCCGCAUUCAGUACAGCAGUCUGCUCGAAACGCAACGCAAGCGCCAGAGAAACCGUAUACAACAGUACCAACUACGCAGACGCAGAUGCAGACGCAGACGCAGACGCAGACACGCUUCGCGCCGCCAUCACCCGUCCACGAAACUGUCGAAAAGGAAGAGCAAAUGGAGUCUCUCUUCCCUGCCGCGGCAGAGAUCAAGCGCCGUCGAGCAGCGACACGCGCUCCCUCGGCCUCGGUCGAGCCUGAGACGCAUACGCCUGUUGCUCAACCUAAGAGACGCGGCGUUGAGGCGCUCGAGAGCCUGCAGCGAGCCAGACAGAAAGCCGACAAAGACAUCAACGUCCGAGAGCAGACGCGCCUGCGCACCAAGGAAGAGGAGGAUCGGCGCAAAGCCGACGAGGAGAGCUUGCGAGAGCAGCUCGAAGGGAUUGAUAUUGAGCAGAUGAAGAACCUCGCCGUCAUCGAGGAAAUGGAUGUUCUGCCUCGCGCCCAAGGCAGCAACGGCGACAGCCUACGCACUCCCGCCGAAGCACGAGCCAACAGCAAGCGAUGGGACGCGGCGUGGAACGGGCGCAAGAACUUCAAGAAGUUCCGCCGGCGCGGCGCAGAGCAGGGCGUGGCUCCGCGCAAAGUGAUUGUCAGGCUCGAAGAAGCGCCUAAGCAGAAGGGGUUCGGCGACUCUGGAUUCUUCCUCGAGGACACGGAGCCCAGAGGCAGCGCCCUGGCCAAGAGCAGGCGCAGGGUGGUCGAGAGCGAGGACGAGUCUGAGCCCGAAGCGGGCUUCAGGGCGAGGACGAGCCGGACGCACACGCAGCAAGAGGCUCCCGAGGUCAUCCCCGAGGUCAUCAACGUGGAGGAUAGCGGGCCGGACGACGAGGAGAUUGUCGAGCUCAGGACUCAGAAGAGCAGCGCGCGGACGCAGAGGGUGGCUGAAACGCAGGUCUCCGAGGCGGACGCGAGGAGGAAGAGAGCAGGCGGCGCGGUACGUGGAGCGCCAGCGAGCAAGAGGGGGAGGAUCCGUAGGAGAGAAGAGGAUAGCGACGAGGAGGAGACGGGCUUUCGAUUCAAGCGGAGGUAG